AUGGCUAAUUCUGAGGAAUCAAACCCUCUUUUACCAAACCAAGAGCAAGAAUCAGGGGCAACAGCUGAAAAGAAACCCACCGCUGACCACGGCUGCAAGCACGGCGGAUCUCUGCCUCCUGCGGCCGUUCCGAUUGGAUGGACGGCCGAUGGGCUUCCUGUGGGUGAACCCAUGACGGAAAGGGCCCAGUGGAGCUCCGGUAUCUUAUCUUGUCUUGGAACAAACGACGAGUUCUGCAGCAGUGAUCUUGAAGUUUGUGAGUUUCUUUCAGCUAAAGAUUCGAUUUUUAUGCAUUUGGUUGUUGAUUGCGUGAAUCUGGUUUUGAUGGGUUUGGAUUACGAAAUUGGGUGUUGA